ACACGUUUUAUCACAAGAGGGCGGUAUUAAUCUUUUCUGUGCGUGGCGUUUUCUGUUUUGAUGAUGACUCAGUCUCACUCUCAGACAAGAGACAAACUUUAGUCAGGAUAAUUUGUUCAUUGUUGGUUUGGUGAGACAACAGUCACAGCAGAAUUGUUCUGCCAUAUUGGCCUCGUAGAUGAAGAGUACACCACUGCUAAAACAACGAGUAACAGAGAUCCACAUCAAAUCAAGUUACCGCUGAAAAGCAUGACAAGAACUCGGCAAUGAAUGUGUCGUUUGUGACAAUACAGACACAACACUGGAAAUUUACCCCGACACUAGAUUGAUAUUCUCUGAUACCCGCGGCAUCCAUUUCAAGUUUGAAUUGUCACAACAGACGUUUUACCACUUCCCGAACCCUUGCCCCGUCGCCAUGGUGGGAAUGUUCCGGAGUCACGUCUGGGAUCCGGUUCUCCUGGUCUCCCAGAUUAUUGCCAUGCAGUGUACUUUCUACGUCUUCUAUGGAUUCUGGCUGGUAUUCGUUGACUUAAUCCUGGAUAAUCCCAAAAUUCUUGAUCAAGUCUUCAAGUAUGAGUGCUUAGAGUUUGGCAGCUCCAAAGGUAGAACCAUUGUGGCAGUGUACGUCUUGAAUUCAUUAACAUGUGCCUUGGGAUUGUGGGUUGCCGUCGGGAGAGCCAAGCAGUGUACAGACUUUGCCUUCACAGUGCACCUGUUUCACCUGAUAGUGUGCUGGAUCUACAACAGACAGUUCCCCCACACAGUGUCCUGGUGGCUGGUCAAUAUCGUCUGCAUCGCCAUGAUGACGGUACUGGGCGAGUUCCUGUGCAUGAGGAGCGAGAUGAAGGCGAUCCCGCUGAGCACAGUGGCAAGGUCGGACUUAUGACCUCGUGAGGACGUGUCUGUUAACCUCCUGACAUUUGUCAUUUUUUGUGUGCCCAAGAUUUUUUACAGACCCAACUAUCUAGACCCAACAUAUAUACAUGUAAAUUCCUGGAUGGUCAACAUUGUCAGCAAACUCCAGUCGUUUGCGUGCUUCCCAUUGACCUUUGACAUUUGCUGGGCUACGUUAAUAACUAGACUGGGGACCUAAACCUGAAAUCACAUACAGUAAACUCUCGUUAGCUCAAAACUCUGUUUAUCUCAAAGUAAUACCCCAUUCCCAUCAAGAGAAUAUGAUUUUAUGUACAUAAAUACCCCCGUACCUUGAAAUACCCCAUCGGUCUGAACUGGCCUGAACUUUUGUUUGGCCAAUCCAUAGAAAACACCGCCAAAGUAGUCAUAAAGAAGCAUAUAAAACAACAUCACAAAAAUGUUUAGCUCCAAAAUGUUUAGCUCAGGUUAGAACAAUAUGAAAUCUGAGGAAAAUGAUCUGAGGAAAAAUACACCAUAAGAAUUUUAAUAAAGAAGGAAAGUGUGCCAAAUAA